AUGGUGGAGAAGUCAGACAGAGCCCCGCUACUAGACUGGGAGGAGAUCCCACCGUCGUCCGACCCAAACCAGGCGGCUCAGUCACCACCUGCGGUGCCCAAGGAAACGGAUGCGACGUCGGGCAAAAAAACUUCGGCACCUUUCUGCCUCAAGGUGACAGACAUUGGUAGAAGGAACGACAAUUCCAUUGCCACCUGCCGCCCGACAGCUGUUGUUGACGACCAAGAGAGAAGCCCGAUGGGCUGGGAAAAGCUUCCCAGCUACACCCGGGCUCAGCCGAUACUUCCUAUCCCGGACCUGACAGUGAAGAAUCAGUGGGAAGAGAAAGACCACAUCGUGGCUGUGUUUGUAGUCACCUUUAAUACACGGUCAGGAAACAUGGUCGAGUGGUGCCAACCACAUGACAUCAAUCUGGAUGGAGUUGAAUUCAAAGCCAUGGCCAGUGGUUCCCAUAGGAUUACCAACGACUUUAUAUAUUUCCGCAAAGGCUGUUACUUCGGGCUGGCCUGCUUCGCUAACAUGCCUGUAGACAAUGAGCUGGAGCGAGGAGCCAGGAUGAAGUCUGUGGGAAUUUUGUCUCCUUCCUACACGCUGCUGUACCGCUACAUGCACUUCCUGGAAAACCAAGUCAGACUCCAGUUAAAGAAUCCAGGCCACUAUUCUCCAUUGGAGGCCUUCUAUGAGGAUAAGAAGGCCAUCCUUCCACCGACAGGAAAUGGCCUGGUCACUGUUUGCCCUACCUGGAGUGUGACUACCAUCAACCGCUGUAUGCAUCCGGAAAUGAAGAUCACUCACCCAGCCGGCUGCAUGUCUCAGUUUGUCCGGUUUUUUGGGGAGCAGAUAAUGGUGCUGUGGAAGUUUGCACUGCUUCGGAAGCGCCUCCUCAUCUUCUCCCCACCACCAGUGGGCGUUGUCUGCUAUAGAGUUUACUGCUGUUGCAGCCUGGCAAAUGUCUCUUUGCCUGGAAUUGGAAUGUCUGUGCCUGAAUUACGCCCUUUCUUCUACAUCAACGUAGCUGACAUCCCUGCACUGGAAACAGAGAUGUCAUAUGUGGCCUGCACCACAGAGAAGAUUUUUGAAGAGAAGAAAGAGCUGCAUGAUCUGUACAUCGACAACCAAAAUGUGAAAACUCACAGGAGCCAUUUGCUGCCUCUGCUGCGACUGAAUGCUGCAGAUAAGGAGAGGUACAGGAAACUGAGCGAACAGAGGCAAAUGUUGCUGUACUCUCAGGAGGUGGAUGGAGACUGUACAUCGAAUGAGGAGGAUCUUUUUAUUGUGUUCUUCAUGGAGCUUAAUAACCGCAUCUUCCAGAUCAUUUUAGAGGUUGCAGGUAGUGCUGAUCCAACCCUGACGGCAGAGCAUGUGAGGGCCAUGGGACUGGAUCCCCAGGGCGAUCGUUGCUUCUUGGUGGAGCUACUGGAAGUGUACGGGGUUGACGUCACUCUUGUUCUAGACAACCUCUGCUGCCACUAGCCUUGAAAAUACUGGAUAACAGUGGUUGUUGGUAACUCACCAACAACCAAGACACACACACACACACACACACACACACUGAGACACUACUUUCACCCUGAGCCUUCAUCUGUUGCCUGCUUUUUUCCCCCAUUGUCACUGUUUUCUUUUACGUGCAUUGUGUCAUCUGGCUGUUUAAGGAGAAUUGACUCACUCCUGGCUGAUGGUGCAGUGCUCUUUCAUCCAUCUUAUUACUGUACGGUAAUCUUUUUGUUUGUGCUUUAUUUUCCAACACUGGAUAUGCGCUCGUUAACAUUAUGGCAUGGAGGCGGGGGAGCCUCCCUGUGCACCGAUCACUUAAUACUGUACACUGUUAGCGCUGGAAUUCAAUUGGACUGUCAUUCUGCUGUGAUCCUUGUACAUCUGUGAAACAAUACAAGUCUGCAUCUUUGUCCGUGAUCAGCCUCCCACAGUAUAGUAUUUCGUAAAAACUUGUUGGCACCUUUAACAUGAGUUACAUCAACGAGUUUUUGCUCCAUUUGCCACGGACUAUUUCUUGAUGCACAUGCUGAUCUUGCAUCUUACACACUCAGAAAGAAAAAGAAAACGUCAUUGUACCUUAGGGUGCGGAAGUUACGUGUACAUUUGUGGCCACGGAUAAGAUGCAGGUAGCUCUGAUUCCAAAAGUGUGUGAAUGCUGAGAGACAAGCAAUUCGCAGUAACCGUAUUAGCAGAAGCAUCCCACUGCAGUUUGGGGAAAAGCACCGGACUGCAUUUUGCUCUGGUUGCCAGUCGGUCAAAGGGGGAAUAGGGCGGCUGCACCAAAACCAACUACUGCUAUGUGAGCUGCUGCAAUACCAAUAGUUGUAGUAGGUGAGCUUCAGGACAAAAAGAAUGAUGACGUGGUUAGUGAGAGAACUUACAUCACUAUGUUGUUAUGAUGUAUUAUCUAGCAUUAAGACUCCUGAAUGGUUUUUGGGGCAUUUCCGGAUCUUUCUCAGCAUUUACACUCAAUAGCUGAGGGAAAAUGACAUCUGGAUGGACAGGAAUAGACUUAUUUCUGACACUUAAGGGGAUGUGUGUGUCAUGGUAUUGUUGGUAGGCAGCCUGUUAGGAUAUUUCCUAAAACACUCCCAAGGCUGUUCUUCUGCUUUUCCAUGUUCUCAGAGCUUUUUGAAUGAAGAGUCUUUUUAGGAGUGCCAAGGGAUUCCUCCUUGCUUCUCUAUGACAAAGUUCUCUUUGUGUUGCAAAGUUAGGCAGAAGCUUCAAACCCUUAUUGAAAUUCACAAAAUUAAAAAAAAAAACUCCCCAGCUUCUCUUUUCAUCUCCGUCUCAUUGAGUAUAUCCAAGUCUGGAGUGGGAUCAAGUGUGUUUGAACACUGCUGGCAGGCACCCUGUGGAAGUAAUCCGUCACAGUGCCAGUCUUGAUAUGAUAUAUUGAUCAUAAUUUUGUUCCAUGUUGGAACACUGAGGCUGGGGCCUAAUAUAUAUUCACAGAGGUAGUUCUCAAAUGUCUCAUAUACCUCUGGCUCAACGAGAAGCAUCCUAUCCAGGCGGAGAGCGACUGAUUUAGCAGGAUGUCCAACAGCCUUAAUUGUGAUUUGAGCCUCUGGUUGAUUAAACAUCAAGUGCAAUGUGUAUUGUACAUAUUAAAAACACAAACAAACAAAAAAUACAUUGUUUAUUUGUAAAAGGGGCCUUAAGGAAAUACGACUUGGGACAUCAGUGGAUCAAUGUUAUACUGUGUUAGUCAAACGAUUACCUACAUACAAUAUUCCUCAGCACAUAUGAAUGAUCUGAUGCCUUGGACCAGUUUAUUUACUUUUCAGCAGCCAACAUUAUUUGCAUUCCUGGUGUACAUUAAAUGUGGGUGGAUGUACACUCAAAUACACUACACUACAACUCUAAGACUCAUUGGGGAGAUGUUCACCAAUGCGUCACUGAAUGUCCAAGAUGGCAAACUUAUUGCACACAGUGUACAUUUUCUACUUGACUGUAACGUAUAUCAACAAGUCAUUGUAAUGAAACAUUUAAUAUCCACAUAAAGUCAAUAGCAUGAGUAACUGUUUCACUGUAUUUUGUAUGACAAUAAAAUAUUGACUGAU